ACAAGAUUGUAUUUCCGAAAUUUUUGUUUGUUUGAAAUAAAACAAGUGUGGCAAAGGAUAAAUUUUACCCUCUCGAACGUAAUUUUUUGCAAAAUAACAGUAAACAUUACAUGUUGGCGGAAAUGUACUAAAACGACGAACAAAUUUCACUGCAUUUUCAGCGGAUUUUUAUCAUACGUCGUUCAGUAAUUUUUACUCGAUAUUUCUUGUGAUUUGUCUUUUUUUUUCUUCGUGUAUACUAACGCGGUACGAAUUUGGAAAUGUGCCGAAUCUAUCAACUUGUUGGAAUUUUUGUGCUUGGCGCAUUCAAUUGUAUUGCGGAUGACUGCAAAUCUAGUGAGCCAUGGGUGCAAGCUAGAGAAAACUGUCGAAGGCAGAGUAGUCUCCGAGGACGAUGAAUGCUUCUGGAAUUGUGUACAUGGAACUUUAGGAAUUUUGGACGAUUCUGGACGUCUUUCAGAAGACAAAAUUCAUGACGUGGUUGAGAAACUAAUUGACGAACCAGAAUUACGUGAAGUCAUGGAGAAAAGUCAAACAAACUGCAUCUCGCAAAUUGAUGAUACGAUGAACGCAUGCAAAGGAUCGAAAAUGUUCAAUAAGUGCAGUUGGAGUGAUGAGGAGGUCGUGCAAGCACUUAAAGCCGAGAAUUAUUGCCAAGAGGACUUCGAGGACUUGAUUAAGAAUCAGUAAAAUGAGAUAACAUGUGGCUUAUGUUCAAUCUACACGGAGAGAAAUUUUUGAUAAAAAUUAUCCUACCGUUCAAUAAAAGUG